CAUGCUGUGGUUAGAGGUGAUUGUCAGUCCUCUGUUGGCAGUAGCGAUGAAGGGGCUGCUUAACCGCGGCCUGCUCGUGUUGCCGUAUAUUGUGAUGCUGAUUGUUAGUCUAGUGUUUUGUUGGUGACGAUGGUAAGUGUAGCCCGUCUGAAGAGACUAGUGCAGGGCCUCACGUUAGUGGCAGUCGCCGCGUACACUACGAUCGUCCUGUACCAGAGCAUGUCCACUGCAGCCUCUUCGUCAAGAGGACCGUCCAGACAGCAGGUGUCAGGCUGGCAGGAGAGGGCGCCCCGGUCCAUAUCCAAGGACUACGACGCUAUCAAUAGCAACAUCAUUCUUCCUGUCGCGGACCCUGCGGCUGUACAUAGGAGUCAUAACGCCAAAGUCACAAGAAAGACCAGUGAAAGUGACACUAAUUAUAACAACGUUGUGCUAGCAACUGGGACUAGUAGACCCGUGGGGACCCAGUUAAGUGAUGUGUUCAUAAGCGUUAAAACGACACGUAACUACCACAAGUGGAGACUUCCGGUCAUCCUCAAGACAUGGUUUCAGCUUGCCAAGGACCAGACGUGGUUCUUCACAGACUCGGAUGACUUGGAGUACCAAGAAAAGACAAAUGGUCACAUGGUCAAUACCAACUGCUCGUCCUCACACAAUAGGAAGGCGCUGUGCUGCAAGAUGUCUGUGGAGUUCGACGUGUUCCUGGAGACCGGAAAGAAGUGGUUCUGUCAUUUCGAUGACGACAACUACGUGAAUGUUCCGCGAUUGGUGCGCCUGCUGGCAGACUACAGCCCACAGGAGGACUGGUACCUGGGGAAGCCUAGCAUCCGUGCGCCGCUGGAGAUCCUCAACAGGGACAAAUCUGCGCAAAAAAUUUCGUUCUGGUUCGCGACUGGAGGUGCGGGAUUCUGUCUCAGUCGGUCCCUUGCCCUGAAGAUGAUACCUGUCGCCAGUGGAGGAAAAUUCAUUAGCAUCGGGGAGAAGAUUAGACUUCCAGAUGACGUCACAAUGGGCUACAUCAUCGAGCAUCUGCUGAGGAAGCCCCUCACCGUCAUAGACCAGUUCCACUCUCAUCUGGAGCCCAUGAAGUUCCUGCGACAGGACACGUUCCACGACCAAAUCACGUUCAGCUAUUCGCAUUACAGCAGGGACGAGAUGAACGUCGUUAAGAUAGACGGAUUCAAUAAGCGAAUUGACCCAACAAGGUUCCUGUCCAUCCAUUGCUUCCUGUUCUCAUACUCCAGUUUCUGCCCAAGAUGAGGCCAAACGUGUAGUGCAUCCAGUGACGCAACUAACUAUGCACUGUGAGCUGUGUUGGAGGUUGAAGUGCCAUGUCAUCUGGAAGCACCUCGUCACUGAAUCCUAUAUGGCAAUAAAUAGAAUGUGAUGAGGGCUCCCCGGCAACAUAAAAGUGGCAUCUGUUUACCAUCUUCGCCCAAUAAGUGUUGCAAUGCAUAUGUCGUAUUUCUGUAGUCAGCUCAUUACUCUGUGGCUUCAAGAAUAUAAUUCCAUCAAAAGAAAACCAGAAGCCAAAUAUAAAUUAUCGUGUUUUCCCCAAUAUAAGCUGUGCUUUUUCCAAAAAUUUGUUCUUUUAAAAUCACUGUGCAUUUUAUAAGCAGGUCUUAAAAAAAUAAAAUGUCACUAAAUUAUUUACAUCUGCUCAAAGUACAUAGUUCAAUGUUAUGACCAAGAAAUGGUGCUUUAGCUCUAAUUAAAUGAUACAUCAUUGCAAACUCAGUUGAAGUUAAUGUUACCAAUUACUGAGUCAUGUUGGAAAUGCAUCAUAACCAAUUUUGUUAUGUUAUUAGAACUUCUUAUCAACAUAAAGACUUGCAAGUAAUAUGUUUUAAAGUAAUGCAAGUGCAUAAUUCUUUUUUUUUUCAGAUGUAUAUAAUUUUUGGGACUCAGCUUAUAUUUGAAAAAAUGCAGCUUGUCUCUAGUGUAACAUUUACAGAGUACGUAACUGGGAGGGAUACCAUUUUGUAUAACAUCGUAAAUAAAGUUAUGGGAAUAGAGAGAUUGUAAUGUGAACCUAUAAAAGAGAAAACUCAGCAAAGAUCUAGAACAGAGACCCUAGAGCUCCCAAACAUGUCAUUUUUAAUGUUCUCCAUCCAUUAAUGGAGUCAUAAAAGUCAUGUUUCUUACAAGAGCGGAAAUAUUAAUCUGAGCAUCAUUUUAUAGGUCUGUAAAAAGAAAAGAAGUUUAAUAAUCCCUGUGGCAGUGAGCAACAAAAAUGCUUGAUGAAACCUGUCUUGGAUGUUGCAAUAAAGUAGAGAAAAACAAAAUGAUAUACAGUUAUUGCAAAAGUAUGAAAAAUGUAACUGUUUCUGUCAUGACAAGUCACGUAAUGAUAUCAGUGCUGAAUUUUGUUUCCUUGUUAAAAUCAGAUUAGCUUAUUGUCAUUCUUCAUUUCAAGUCUGAAUAGAAAUAUGAAAUUCUAAUUUUUAUAACAGUUUAUAUGCAUAUUUAGUUCUCCCUCCAUUUAUUCUGCCAUGACAGCAUCAAGUAGAUAUUACUUGUGGCUGGACUUCUUUUUUUAUGGGUGAUUUUAAUAUGCUUUCAGUAUCGCAGACUGGUUGUCUGGUAGGGUGAUAGAGAAAUGAUGAAUUGGAAACAAUUUGGAAGACAGCAGUUGUAGCCUAAUUAAGGUACUAUUCCAGCAUUUGCUUGGAGAGACCAAGGAAAACCACAAUGGAGCUAGGAAUACUCAAGAUUCAAACCAAGCACCUUCCAAAUACAAGUCUAGGCCCUUACCACUACAUCAGCUUGUUGGGUCACUGGAUUUGCAUAAUGGUUUUACUGUGCUCGUGGCAUGGAAAUAAGGCCCACUGAUGGUGGGGGGUGAUUUUGUUCAAGGCUUCCCACUUUGUGCCUGCUGCUGAUUUCUCCUCCAGCCACCUCUGCCCUACGUCAACCAGCUCAAAGAAUUUGUUCCUAGGAAAGGUUAUCAGUUCCAACAUUCAUGGGAUUGAAAUGAUCAGGCUACAGAGGGACAAUACAGUAAUAUGUUCAGGGGUAGUCAUUGCACUUCAUUUUCUUGCCUUAAAUAUAAUUAGAAAACUCUUACCAUCUUACAUUUUCUACUCAUUUUCACCACCAAAGUCAAAUUGUCUACAUGAAAUAUCAGUUGUUAGGUUGCAGGUAUUCUAUACAAUAAAGUACUUCAAAAGAGUGAAUUUUAAACAAUUCUGAUGAUGGUAAAUCAUGCUUAGGAAUACUGGGUUCCUGGACUUUGUGCCAUCAUGCAGUAUUCCUGAGCAUUUGAGAAACUGGGCAAAAGGGGGGACAUCUGUUCAUUGGGGUCCACCAGAAAGAGCUAAUGACUGGACUGGUAUUUAGAAAACCCAGAUGGUUGAAAAUACAAUUAACCGUACUUAUGUGAUGUGAACCUGAGAACAUUUAAAUGGUUUGUUAUUCCAACAGGGAUUCUUUCAACACAGCUUACAGUUUCAUUGGUAGACAAGUCCUUUCCUAGUCCAAUAAUUCAAUUAAGUUAAUAACUCUUUUAACACACCCAGCUGAGCAGGUUUUCCCCCAUAUUUCCAUCUAAGGAUGAAAACAGAUGCAGUUUCUGAAACAUUGUGCUAUGUUUGGAAUAUUGCACAUUAGGUAAUGACCAGUAACUUUGUAAUACUGACCUUCAGGAAUAUUAAAAUGAGACUUUCAUAACAAGCAGUCCAUAAUUACAUUAAGUGCUGUGAUGGGAAACAUUUGCCUCUGACUUUUAGCAAUAAUUUUGUAAAGAAAAUAAUUAUGUGAAUAGAUUCGGCUCUAUUUAUGUAGUCUUCAUUUACGAAGAUGUACGAGGACAAUAUUAUUCAAUAUGGCUUCUUUUUAUUGGAUUUUUAAUACAUGUUUACUAGUCUUCUGAAAUAUUAACCCAUGACACAUGACAGAUGUCAUGACAAGGUACAACAAGCCUUUAUGAAGUGGUCUCAUAUAUAAUACAUUAUUCAAAUAAGUCUCCUGAUCUCUCACACAAAACUUCAUAAUAAUAAUUUUUAAAAUUAGAAAUGAAAUUAUUCUUUAUAAAAAUAUUAAUAUUAUCUGCCCUUAAACACUGAGCAUUUCUUUGUACACUUGUUAAACAUAAUAGCAUAGAGCCCAUUGAAAUUUGAGCAGGACACUGUUGUAGUUAACAACAUUAUUUGAUACAUACAGUAGGCCACCCCACUAGCAAUAAAAAAAAUAACAACAUUAUUGGAUGUGGAAUAUAAAAUCUACUGUGAAAAGUAUCUCUAUGCACAUGUGCAGCAAUUUGUAUGUAGAAAAACAAACUUUGUUAAAAAUAGCUAACCUCAAUAACUUAAGACCGGGAAAGAUGGCUAAAUUUGUAUUGAGCUAAUAAACUUAGUAGAAUAGUAAUAUGCAGUAAAUGGUGCUGCCACCUAGAGUUAUUAUUUUGGGCAAAGGUUUAUACUGUGAUACAAGUGCAAACAUACCACACCUUUUGACACCAUAGAUGGUGCUGCUGUCUGAGCAAGCACUAGCCUUUUAUGGAUAAAGAUACUUUUAUACAUUACUCCUAGAAGUGGAAAGUGCAAUAUCAUUCUGAAAUGCUCUGUGUCCAAGGAAUGAAAUGGUGUUAGGUUUGCAAGCCAAUAUAAUUUAUAACUGCAGUGAUAAUUUAAUAUUUGAGAGCUAUAAGUAAUCAUGCAUUAUGCUCAAAGCACUAAAGCAAUAAGAAUUUUAUACUGUGAAAAUAUAUAUACAUUAAUAUAUAUAUAAAAAUUGUAAAAUAUGUCUGUAAAUAUUAUAUACAGCACUUAUACUAUUCAUAUUAAUGUAUAUAAAUGUAUAGUUAUUAAUUGUAAUUACUUCUGCACAGAUUGACAGAAGAAAGUUAGUAAUGAAUUUACAUUUAAGAUUGUGUGUGGCCUUGCUACCUACUGCCUUCACCUUCACUUUUGUACCCUGAAGAUGGAGGUAGUGUGUUCCUCCAUACAUUGGUACCUGUCUGAUGAACUACAUGGUUCACAUCCUAAAAGACCCUAAUAUUAAUAUGCACGGCUGUAAGAACCUCAAAUCUCACAUGAAUUAUAGAACUUUAUCAGAACACAGCAGAAAGAGGACCAGAUGUAAUAUUAAAAAAAAAAAUUAAGCAAACCAUUAUUUUUCUCAUACUUCUGGUUCUGGGGUUUUAGAAUUAAGAAAUUUUGUUUUUACCUUGAAACGAAUGUAGAACUAAACAUUUGGGUCAGUGUCAUUCUCUUAUAUACAGCAGUCCCUUGACAAAUAAAGGAGUUAACUUUCCAUAAAAAAAACAUGAAUGGUAUAACGUGGGGAUCAUGGGAAACUGCAGGCUCAAGGAGUCGUUAUUACUGCUGACACUUAUCAAAGCAGAACUGAUUUG